CUCCGCGUGUGUUGGACGUGUCUCUUCUCUGUGUUGGACGUGUCUCUUCUCUGUGAUGGACUAACUCGAGUAUAAACGUCUUUACACAACUUUUGUCUGGACUUUUGUUAAACUCGCGCCUGUUUGGACACGUCUGUGCGUAAUCGUGUUUAAUCUGCACUGACUGUAAAUCGCAGCGAUCCUCGUCUUUUGUGGCUUUUAAAAUGAGCUCAAGGCGAGUUUUUCGUGAAGAGGAGUAAGACUUUCCCCUGUCUCUGUGGCCCGCUCUGCCUCGCUCCUCGGCGGCAUGACUCUGGGCUCUGUGUCCGCCUCAGAGAGCUCCUCUGCGGUGAGCUUCUGCUCCUGCUGCGGGGCCAAGAUGGUGCCAUAUUUUAGCGAGGACGCGGUGGUCAACAAGAACCAGAUCAACCAGCUCAUCAGUGAGAGUUUCCUCACAGUUAAAGGGGCGGCGCUUUUUCUCCCCCGAGGCAACAGUCCCACCCCAAACUCCGCCCCUCGCCUCAGCCAGCGCCGAAACAAGCACACGGGUGACCUCCAGAAACAUCUCCAGACCAUGUUCACUGUGCUGCGGCCCGAGGACACGAUACGACUCGCGGUCCGUCUGGAGAGCGCCUUCCCUCAGGUCACACGGUACAUGGUCGUCGUCUCCAACAACGGACGACAGGACACGGAGGAGAGCAUCGUCCUGGGCAUGGACUUUGUCUCGUCUGAUAGUUGUUGUUCCGUGGGUCUUGUUCUUCCUCUGUGGAGCGACACCAUGAUCCAUUUGGAUGGAGAUGGUGGGUUCAGCGUGUCUACGGUCAACAGGGUUCAUGUUUUCAAGCCCGUGUCGGUCCAGGCCAUGUGGUCCGCGCUGCAGUCGCUCCAUAAAGCCUGUGACGUGGCCCGUUGCCAUAACUACUACCCCGGGAGCCUGUUCCUCACCUGGGUCAGCUACUACCAGAGCCGCGUCUCGUCCAGCCAGAUCUGCGUCAACGAGUGGAACGCCAUGCAGGACGUGGAGUCUCACCGAGCCUCGUCCCCCGUCCUCUUCACUGACCUCCCCACAGAGAGAGAACGAACAGAGAGACUCAUCAGACUGAGACUCAGAGAAAUCAUGAUGCAGAAAGACCUGGAGAACGUCACCUGUAAAGAGAUCCGCACAGAGCUGGAGAUGCAAAUGGUUUGCAACUUGCGUGAUUUCAAAGGGUUCAUCGAUAACGAGAUGAUCGUGAUCCUGGGACAGAUGGACAGCCCCACAGAAAUAUUCGACCACGUUUUCCUGGGCUCUGAGUGGAACGCCUCAAACCUGGAGGAGCUGCAGAACAGCGGUGUCCGAUACAUCCUCAACGUCACCAGAGAAAUCGACAACUUUUUCCCAGGAAUGUUUGAAUAUCACAACAUCAGAGUUUACGACGAAGAAGCCACCAAUCUGCUGGAAUACUGGAACGACACCUACAAGUUUAUCACCAAAGCCAAAAAAGCCGGUGCCAAAUGCCUGGUUCACUGUAAGAUGGGCAUCAGCCGCUCCGCCUCCACGGUGAUCGCCUACGCCAUGAAGGAGUACGGCUGGAACCUGGACACGGCGCUGGAGUACGUCAAAGACAAACGCUCCAUCACCAAACCCAACCCCUCCUUCAUGAGGCAGCUGGAGGAGUACCAGGGCAUUCUGCUCGCAAGUAAACAGCGCCAUAACAAACUGUGGCGUUCUCACUCUGACAGCGACCUCUCCGACCGCUCGGACGCCUCGUGUAAACGCCCCCAAACCCUGACGCGCUCCGACUCCCACAACAACAACAGCAUCCCCUCCUCCCCCUCAUUACAUCACUUCCUGGGCGUGGCCGUUCUCCAGGCUCUGACCUCAGACCCCGUAAGCUCCUCCCCCUCGUCCUCUCCCGACUCCCGCUCCAGCGACGGAGGAGAAACGCCAAACCACGAGGAGGAGGUGACCCCGAUCCCAAACAUACUCCCCCGACCUCGAGCGGCGGUCGUCAUCCCAGAAGACGCCGUGGAUAAUUCAGCUCGAGUCGCCAUAACGGUCCCUCUGGCUUUACCGCAGCCGCCGCCUUCCAUUCACAUACUCCCCUCUACUCCCAAAAUGAAACAUGGCGAGCCCGCGACGACGCAGCCCGCCGAGCCCGCCACGACGACGCAGCCCGCCGAGCCCGCCACAACGACGCAGCCCGCCGAGACGCAGCCCGCCACGACGACGCAGCCCGCCGAGCUCGCCACGACGCAGCCCGCCGACGCAGUGCCUGAACUCAAACUGUCUCUGGAUUUGCCUGAAGAACACGCCCCUGACACGUCUCCACUGACACUGGGCUCUACAGACACAGAUGUGCAGGACCUGUCAGAUUUAAGUGAGAAAGUGACUCCUCUGAGCUCCGCCGCCUCAGGACUGACACUUUCUCCUCUUCAAAGCGACGACAACAAUAACCCGAGUCAUUUGAACGUGGACAAUGCCACAGAGAGUCGAGGGGAGGCAGACGGCGCGUCCACACACAGCUCAGACAGUAUAGAUUUCUUCAGCGCCAGAGAGAAGUUUUUAGGAUUAGCUCUAGACGGAAGACUCCAGAAGCAAACGGAGCAGGAGACGCAUCCUCCGCUCCCGUCGGCGGCAGAAGAGGAAAAUAAAGACACUGAGACUAAAGAGGACGAUAAAACUGAGAAAGAAAACAGCCAGACUGAAGACGGCGCUGACCCCGCCCAUCACCCCGACAACUGCAUCUCUGUCCGCCACAUCGUCACCGAGAUCGAAGCCAUUUCACAUCCUGCCCCUUCAACAAUCACCACAUCCUCCUCCAGCCCGUCUCUCCAGCUCCCUCACCCAGAACCUCACAUCGACUCUGGACUCGACCCGGCCUCCCCCGGCCCCCCUACCGCGCUCCAGCCCGCCGCCGUGUUACCCGGCGAGUGGCCCAUCGGAUCGGUCCGGCGAGCGACGAAACAGCUAGAGCAGAAAAUGAAACGGGAGAUGCUCGCCGCACGAUCGACUCUACAUUCCCCCAGCAAUGAAAACUCACUUGUGCGCAGUCUACAACAAACUGAAUGUACGAACGAUUCAGAACAUGACACUCAGGGACAGGUGGAAACGCCAAAAGAUUGUGACGAAAACAUUCAAAUACUUGACACCUCGGACUUUAAUUCAAGUUGUAGCCAAGACACAGGUGGCGUGCGCGCUGCUACUGAAAGCCAAACUGACAGAGCGCUACAAACCAAGAGCCCGAGCUUAGGUUCAUCUUUACAUACCUCAACCUCAGCCCAAAGACUGCACAUUAGCCAAGAUGUGGAACCGCAAAAUGUGACUGUAGAUGGAGUAACUGUGCAAGAUUCAGACACGGACGAAAAGUGCGUGCAAGUUUUAGGGUGUAGUCCUGAUUGUGAAGCCCAGAACAAGUUAGCGAGGGGCAGCCAGGAACUUGAGAGGAUACAGCAAACACUAAAAGAACUGCAAGCGUUUCUUUGUGACGGAGUAAACUUGGAGAAUCAACUUUCUGACAAAAUGGACACUGAAAUUAGUAAAGACGCUCAGAGCUAUUUGAGUUUUGAUGUCGCCGAAAGGAUUAAAGAGGAGCAGAAAUCGGAGCCUACAGGUUGGCACAGAGCGAUUGAACUUGAAGCGAGGUUACGCCAAGCAGGACUGACUCCGCCUUCGCUCAUGAAACGAUCGGCGUCUCUGGCUAAACUGGACUCUCUCGAACUGUCCGCUAACGAUCUGAAUGAUUUGGAUUUGACAUCUCAAACAAAGACGACGUCAUCGCACUCCAGGAAAUCAAAACUCCACAGGAAAGAAAAGCAGAAACUUUUGGCACAUAUCUCGAAUGUUGUACGUCUUUCGUCCGACCAAACCGAGGAGGAGAAGUCGACGUCUUGUUGCCAAAAAGAGGACGUAGGCGAAGGGGUGAAGCUCGCACAAAAGCAGGGAAGACGACACUCGGCUUCAUCCGGACGUUCGCGCAAACUCUCCAUUGAUAAAAAGCAUCGAGCCGUCACUGUGCUGUACAAUACGAUGUAAAAGACUGGAGCUGGUGUAAACUGGAUGCAUGUGUGUGUGAAACUGUCAGAGCACUGGCAGGAAGUAGCAGAGUAAAUGUAGAAGUGAAUGUUCGGCUGCAUGUUAAACCACUGGAUGUGCUAAAUAAACUGGAUUUCAGGUUUAAUACAAAGUCUAAAGACCGAAUCAUUAUGCAUUGUUACUGUAUGUUAAGUUCUAUUGUUUUAUAAUGUUUCUCAGUGUGUUCAGACAGGGGGCGCUCUCUCAAAACAUGCACUUUAUACUGUUUUUGGAUGAUGUUUUUCAUUUCUUUGGCGUUUCUUAUCCGGAGUAUUCUUUGCACUGAAGUCAGGGGGGCGUGGCGUCCUCUUGGAUCUUCGUUCAGAUUUUUAAACCAGGGCAAAGCUGACAUUUUGUUUCUUAAUAAAGGGCUUCAGCGACGUCC